GUUAAAGAUGGCGGAAGCUCCUCCAUGGCCCAGCCGGUUCUUCUGUCACAGAUGCUCCGCAGAGAUUAGCCCUCGUCUUCCUGAGUACACAUGUCCAAGAUGUGAGUCAGGGUUUAUUGAGGAACUGCUGGAGGAGAGAAGUGCUGACAAUGGCUCCAUGUCUACCAUCUCCAGCGGGCCUCAGAACCAGCAACCAUUUGAGAAUGCGGACCAGCACUUGUUUACGUUCCCGUCAGGUUACGGUCAGUUUGCCCUGGGUGUCUUUGACGACCGCUUCGACUUCGGGGCGGGACUGGGAACAGAGGAUAACAGGGAUGCUGAAAACAGGCGAGAAAGGGAAACGGCAUCACGGCAACGAUAUGGUGCCAGGCAACCGAGAAGUCGUCAUGGUUCAAGGCGACAAGCAGGGAGGCAUGAGGGAGUUCCUACUUUAGAAGGAAUCAUCCAGCAACUAGUGAAUGGAAUAAUUGCACCCACUGCAAUGCCAAAUAUUGGUGUUGGACCCUGGGGUGUUCUUCACUCAAAUCCUAUGGAUUAUGCCUGGGGUGCUAACGGUCUAGAUGCAAUAAUAACUCAGUUAUUAAACCAGUUUGAGAACACGGGACCCCCGCCUGCUGAUAGGGAUAAAAUAAAAACUCUUCCUACAGUACACAUUACAGAUGAACACGUUGCUUCAGGACUGGAAUGUCCAGUAUGUAAAGAAGAUUACAGUGUUGGAGAAAAUGUGAGGCAGCUCCCGUGCAAUCACAUGUUCCACAAUGAUUGCAUAGUCCCCUGGCUGGAACAGCACGACACGUGUCCGGUGUGCAGGAAAAGCUUGAGUGGACAGAACACAGCUACAAACCCUCCAGAACUAUCAGGGAUGAACUUUACCUCCUCUUCCUCCUCCUCGUCCUCCUCAUCCUCUUCGACCCCUCAGUCCUCAAGUUCGACCAGCAAUGAGAACUCGACUGAUAACUCAUAGAGAACAAUUUGUCCUUAUCACCCUAUGAGCUGUUUAUAGCUCCUAGGCCGCUGUACUUCAGAGUGGUGACCUCCAGUCUCUCCCUGCUCCAGGGUGGAGACCUGAGUGCAUCUGGCCAGGAGCACUCGAGCCUGAAUCAGGGGUAAGUGAUACGUGAAGUCCAUGUAUUUCUGCCCGUCCUGUUGCUCCCACCUUCGUCAGGGAUCUGAACAAAGGAAGGGCGGAGGCCUGGAGUGCAGCUUCUGUCAGGGAGGAUGUGGAGAAGCAUGAAAACUUCGAGAGGCUCGAUCUACCUAAAUCAUCUCGUACAGGAAGAGAAAACAAAGGAAUCCAAAGGUAGAAGACUCGGGACAUCAAGACAGUCGCUGUUCUUUUUUUUAAAAAAACGAAUCUCUUCGGUAUGAUGUAAAUGACCUGUUUUUGCCAUUGAAGCAAAAGGAAAUGUACAGUUAUUCAAUUUUUAUAAGUAGCAUUCAUAUCUCACUUAAAAAAUGACCCAAAGUGCACUGUUAAAGUGCGCACUUAAGUUUCAUUAUGGUUUAGAAUGAUACACAGUUGAUUCCUUUUGUUUUAAAACAAAAUUCCAAUAGUUUAUGAAAUGACUUUAUUGUGGAGACUUACAGAUUACCUGACACCAAACAGGUACCAUUGUUUGCACUUAAAAUGAUGCGUCAAAUUGCAGUAAUUUUGUGCUGUUUGGAUAAUGAUGUGGAUAAUUAUUACUAAAUUACACACAUGAGAAUUUUUGUUGUUAUCUUAAAGCCGAAAACACUUAGAAACAUUUCUGUGCAUUUUAACUUAAAGGUAAAUUAAAUAUUUUUAAAGUUGGAAGUUGAAAAACUAUUGAUUUGCAGUAUGAUUGUGUCGGGAAAAAAAAAAUGAUAUGAAAAUAAAGCUUGGGUGCUACCACUCAAAAUCCAUGUAUAACA